GAAAACUGCAACUCCCAUGAUGCUGUGCACGCGCUCAGCGAGUGGGAGGUGAAAGCUCGCAGAUUAUCCAUCGCACAGAUUUAUAGCUGACGGUUUGAACUGCACGUGCGGUACAUUUCUCCGUUUAUUUCCGACAUGAUGAUCAUGAUGAUGAUGAUGAUGGUGGUCGUGGUGGGCACCGGGGUCGUGGCGUUAAUCCUGAGGCUGAUGUCGACUCACAUCAGGAAAUAUGCAGCGGGUGGAGUGUGUGCGUCCACAGCACGUCUGGACGGGAAGACGGUGCUUAUUACAGGAGCGAACACAGGGAUUGGGAAGGAGACGGCGCUGGACCUGGCUUCACGGGGUGCACGGGUGAUUAUGGCUUGUCGGGAUGUAGAGAAAGGCGAGGAGGCGGCAGCAGAGAUCCGCUCACGUGUGGGCGGUGCACAGGUGGAGGUGCGAGAACUCGACCUGGCGGAUACCUACUCAAUACGGGCGUUUGCACAAAAGUUCCUCCGAGAGGUGAGUCACCUGCACAUCUUGAUUAACAACGCCGGAGUGAUGAUGUGUCCUUACAUGAAGACUGCAGACGGCUUCGAGAUGCACCUGGGAGUCAAUCACCUCGGUCACUUCCUGUUGACCUAUCUGCUGAUCGGGGUGUUGAAGCGCAGCGCGCCGUCCCGCAUCAUAGUCGUUUCAUCCCUGGCGCAUUAUUUCGGCUGGAUCCGAUUCCACGACCUGCACAGUCAGGGGAGCUACAACAGCGGCCUCGCCUACUGCCAGAGCAAACUGGCUAAUGUGCUGUUCACCAAGGAGCUAGCACGCAAGCUAGCAGAGUUGAACGUGACUGUGAACUCUGUGCACCCGGGGACGGUGAGGUCCGAUUUGGUGCGCCACUCCACGGUGAUGUCUUUGAUGUUCGCACUGUUUUCCACGUUCCUGAAAACAGCGCAGGAGGGAGCACAGACCUCCAUCUACUGUGCAGUGGCUGAGGAACUGCACUCCGUCACAGGAAAGCACUUCAGUGACUGUGCUCCAGCCUCCAUCGCUCCUCAGGGCCGCUGUGAUGAAACCGCGCGGAGGUUGUGGGACGCCAGCUGCAACCUCCUCGGUAUUGAAUGGGACUGAGAGCGCUCUUUUGUCCAUCACAGAUCCGUCAUCACCAUCUGUUCUACAAAUUUGCCAAACACACUUAUUCAAGCCUUUUUAAAAAAAAAAAUGGACCUGGGUUCCCAUUGUUGUUACAUUUGUACAUCGCUGUGGAGCAUUGAAAAACUUCCCAGUUAGAAAUUUGUACAUUGAUUUAAGUCACAUGCCUUUCACCCCCUCCCCAAUUAAGCUAUUUAGAAUUGUACUGUUUUUAUACAGAGGUAAACUUGGUUUUUUACUACAGUUAAAUUUGCGACAACCGAAUUUAAAUAUAUAUAAAAUGUGCGGAAGAGCUGUUAUGAUUAGCCAUGUUUUCCUACUUUUCCUACGUAUAUGAAGGGUCACACGACGAACAGUUGUGGUCUGAUUACAUGUAAUAUUUUCUUAAAGAUUUAAGGCGUGAACGAUUUUCUAGCCGUAUUCAGGUGACUAUUAGUCCUGCAGAAAUACACACAUAUUCUGGUAUUGCUGUAAUUGUGGGGACUGGACUUUGUAAAGAGCACAUUAAUGUUACAAACUUGCUCGGUGUUGUGCCAUGAGGACAGACCUAGCUCAUAUGGAAAUAGAAAAUCACUUAAUCAGGAGAAUAUAUAUUGGAGACACUGCAAAUUGCACUUUUUAGGCAUCCAUGCAUUUUGUGUUUAAUGUUUCUUUAGACAUUUUUUUGUCAUUUUGGGGUCCAAACAGUUUUUCUGUUUUUUUUCUUGACUGGAUAGACCUAAUAACUUGAUUAGUCGAAUAUAUGUGGUGCUUUAUUUCGGUAGCUUACUCUGAACAAAAAAAAAAGCCUUAUAAAAGCUAUAAAUUUCAAACAACUGCUUUACCAGAAUUAUGUAUCAAGGUGAUUUAAAUUUGGGACCCAGAUGUGGGUUUUUAUGGACAAUGUGAUAACAAACCUACACACAAUAACCAAUCACAUUUCAGUUGGUAUUUGACUAAUUAUUAUUACUAUAAUUAUGGAAAUACUGACAUCAUUGAUGAGAUUUCUACUCAACAAUGACACAUUGUCACUUAUGUGUAUACUGCAAAAAAAUUAAACAGAUUUUAGAAGUUA